AUGGUUCCAAAGCCCUCCAAAUGGGCCGUCGAUGACGACGAAGACGCGGCCGCUGCGCAAGCCGAGCGGAGGCGGGAGAAAGCAGAAAGAAAGCGACUCAAGGGAGACAAAGCCCGCAGUGUCGCUCCGUCAACCACCGUCACCGCUACUCCUUCUACCACCACCAUCACGAGCGCGGCGCGGUACGCCUCCACGACGGAUGACAAUGAGCGACCAAGUAAACGUCCACGGAGAUCACUGGACGAGGAAGAGAAUGGAGCAGCACAGGCAACACAGCCGCAGGUGGAAAGCGAAGAGGUGGAGGAGGGCGCACACUUGCUACAGUUCCCCAGGCGGGAGUUCGGCCCUUGCGACCACGUCGGGCAGUUCGAGCAGCUGAACGAUAUCGAAGAAGGCUCCUACGGCGUGGUUUCGCGAGCGCGGAGGAAGACCUCUGGCGAGAUCGUUGCCCUGAAGAGGCUGAAGAUGGACCACACCAACGACGGCUUCCCGGUGACGGGACUACGAGAGAUACAGACACUGAUGGCGUGUCGGGACGCGAACGUGGUCAAGCUGCUCGAGGUGGUCAUGGGCGACAGUUUGAAAGAGGUCUACCUCGUGAUGGAGUUCCUCGAACACGACCUUAAGACCCUCCUCGACGACAUGGCCGAGCCAUUCCUCCCCUCGGAGACCAAGACGCUCAUGCUACAGAUCGUCUCGGGCGUCGAGUACCUCCACGCGAACUGGAUCCUGCAUCGCGACCUCAAGACGUCGAACCUCCUCCUCAACAACCGCGGCGAGAUCAAGCUGGCAGACUUUGGCAUGGCGCGAUACACCUCCAGACCUCCGCCGAAGCUGACCCAGCUGGUGGUGACGCUGUGGUACCGGGCACCCGAGCUGCUGCUGGGCGCGGAGGAGUACGACUUUGAAGUCGACGUGUGGAGCGUCGGGUGCAUCUUCGCCGAACUGCUCACGCGGGAACCCCUGUUCCAAGGCCGCAACGAAGUCGACCAGCUCUCCAAGAUCUUCAUGCUCCUGGGGACCCCGACGCGGGAGUCGUGGCCGGGCUUCCGCUCCCUCCCCAACGCCAAAGCACUGCACCCUCUCCUGACGACCUCGUCCAAGACCGCGACGACGACAUCGUCCCUCACGGCCUCCAAGUUUCCCUACCUCACCAGCGCCGGCCUGCGCCUCCUCUCCUCCCUCCUCUCGCUGAACCCGGCUUCGCGCCCCACGGCCGCCGACGUCCUCAACCACCCUUACUUCAGGGAAGACCCCCGCCCCAAACCCAAGGAGUUGUUCCCGACUUUCCCCAGCAAGGCCGGCCAGGAGAAGCGGCGCAAACGAGAGACGCCCCAGGCGCCCGCCCGCGGGGACGCGCCCAGGCUCGACGAGAAGGAGGUCGAGGGCAUCUUCAAGGGGUGGGACACGGAGGGCGAGGAGAAGGGCGGCGGCUUUGCUCUACGCUUAGGUUAG